AUGAAGAUGAGAUUUCUUGGGAGGACCUGUCUCAUUGUCUUGAGUUUGCUACCAGCUGUUUCUACACAGAGAGGUGGAUGGACUGUCGUUGGCUCUGAUCAGACUGUCAUUGCUGAGGCUGGAUAUGAUGUCAUCCUGCCCUGUCACAUUUCACCCAGAAUCAGUGCUGUGGACAUGGAAGUGAGGUGGUUCAGGGAGAGAUUCGACAGACCUGUUCAUUUAUAUCAGAACCAAAAUGAUCGGCUCAGCAGACAGGACAGUGACUACCAGGGCCGCACUUCUCUCUCUCCCUCUGCACUGCAGACAGGCGAUAUCUCUCUAAAUUUGAGAAACCUACGACUCUCUGACCGGGGCGUCUAUACCUGCUCAGCUGAUGAUGGAAGAUGGGCUGAAGACGGACAGACUGAACUGAUAGUUACAGGUGGAAGGGCUGUCAUUGGCUCUGAUCAGCCUGUCAUUGCUGAGGCUGGUGAUGAUGUCAUCCUGCCCUGUCACAUUUCACCCAGAGUCAGUGCUGUGGACAUGGAAGUGAGGUGGUUCAGGGAGAGAUUCGAUAGACCUGUUCAUUUAUAUCAGAACCAAAAUGAUCGGCUCAGCAGACAGGACAGUGACUACCAGGGCCGCACUGCUCUCUCUCCCUCUGCACUGCAGAGAGGUGAUAUCUCUCUAAAUCUGAGAAACCUACGACUCUCUGACCGGGGCGUCUAUACCUGCUCAGCUGAUGAUGGAAGAUGGGCUGAAGACGGACAGACUGAACUGAUAGUUACAGGUGGAUGGCGUGUCGUUGGCUCUGAUCAGCCUGUCAUUGCUGAGCCUGGUCAUGAUGUCAUCCUGCCCUGUCACAUUUCACCCAGAGUCAGUGCUGUGGACAUGGAAGUGAGGUGGUUCAAGGAGAGAGUCGACAUGCCUGUUCAUUUAUAUCAGAACCAAAAGUAUCAGGUCAGCAAACAGGACAGACUUUAUUGGCACCGCACUGCUCUCUCUCCCUCUGCACUGCAGACGGGUGAUAUCUCUCUGCAUCUGAGAAACAUCCAGCCCUUGGAUAGAGGCGUCUAUACUUGCUUAACUGAUGAUGGAAGAUGGAAUGAAGAAGGACAGACUGAAGUGAUAGUUACAGCUCUGGGGACCCAACCCUCAAUCUCUAUGGACUCUACAGAAGGAGAGCAGACCCGGCUGGUGUGCAGAUCAGAGGGGUGGGACCCUGAACCUGAAGUGAUCUGGAGAGACAGGGAUGGAAACGAUGUGACAUCACUGUCCAACACAACAGUGCAGAGGGACAGUCAGGGGCUCCGCAGUGUUAGCAGCUACAUCAAAAUCAAACCACAGUCCAACGUGUUCUCUUGUCUGGUUAGAAGUAAAAUACCCAAACCAGACUGGGAAUCCAAACUCCACAUAUCCAGUGAUUUUUUCCCAGGAGUCUCUGGAUGGAUGGUGGCUUUCUUCUUGACUUUAGCUCUCAGUAUUGGAGCCAUUCCUCUGCUGGUGAUCCAAUGGAGAAGAAUGGAUGCCAUGGAGAGACAGUUUGAGCCUAUGGCUGUUCAGCGCCUUCGUAAGGAACUUGAGUACAUGAGACCUGUUCCUAAAUCAGAAUGGAAGUGGAUCCUCAGCUCAGCAGUUGAUGUGAAUCUGGACCCUGAUACAGCAAACCCUGAGCUCAUCCUGUCUGCAGAGGGGAAACGAGUGAGAUGGGGAGAGACACGGCAGGAUCUCCCUGACAAUCCAGAGAGAUUUGAUUACUGGUGCUGUGUGCGGGGCAGGGAGGGUUUCACCUCGGGGAGACACUACUGGCAAGUGCAGGUGGGGGGGAAUACAUUCUGGAUAUUAGGAGUCAUCAGAGAGUCUGCCCCAAGAAAGGGGGAGAUCAGCAGGACCCCCCAGCAGGGUUACUGGACUGUGAAGCAGUAUGGCUAUCCGUUCACUGCUGUCACUGACACUGAGACCCCCCUCCCCCAGAGCCUGAAGCCCCAGAAGCUGGGGGUGUAUCUGGAUUAUGAGGAAGGGCAGCUCUCCUUUUACAAUGUGGAGACCAGAUCUCACAUCUACACUUUCACUGACAUGGAGUUCAAUCCCAAUGAGACACUCUAUCCAUUCUUCUAUACUUGGGACAAGACAACAGACCUUGUGCUGGAUUCCCCUGUCAACAACCCUGACCCUGACCCUGUCAGCGCUGCAGAUUAAACACACAUCGCUGUCUGAACCAGGAAACUAUUCAAACAACUCAGACAAUCUCCUCUUCACUUUCACUGACAAUCUCUCUAUAAUCUUCUGGGCUGAUAAUAUAUAUAAAAAACACCUGUUUAGUAUAUUUAAUUCUCAAACUGAACGCAGUAGGGAUUCAAGGAAAUGCAUGCACAUGGAUUAGGGAGUGGUUAACAGGUAGAAAACAGAAAGUACUGAUUAGAGGAGAAACCUCGAAAUGGAGUGAGGUAACCAGUGGUGUACCACAGGGAUCAGUAUUGGGCCCUCUGCUAUUCCUAAUCUACAUUAAUGAUUUAGACUCUGAUAUAGUAAGCAAACUCGUUAAAUUUGCAGACGACACAAAAAUAGGAGGAGUGGCAGACACUGUUGAAGCAGCAAAGGUCAUUCAAAAUGAUCUAGACAGCAUUCAAAAUUGGGCAGACACAUGGCAAAUUAAAUUUAAUAGAGAAAAGUGUAAAGUAUUGCAUGCGGGCAAUAAAAAUGUGCAUUAUAAAUAUCAUAUGGGAGAUAGUGAAA